AUGCGUCAUUCGUUAUUUGAGGAACUUGACCAUUUCUUGAUACGAGAUAGCAUGAGUCUAACGGUAAAAAGUUUGAAAGAGCUUUGGGCAAAGGAGUUUCUUCCCAACAUACGAGAAGAGAUCCGCAACGAAGUCGUUUCGCUCAAAGCUGGCCUUCAAGACCUCCGAAAAAGAUUUGAAGAAAUUGAAAAGUCCCAAGACUUCAUUUCAAAGAAAUACGAUACAGUGAUAUCAACCAUUAAGGACGUAAAAGAACACAAUGACAGUCUAAAGGGUGAUAUAAGAGUGAUAAAAGAAGACAUUGGGAAGCUUGGAAACGAUUAUCUUAAUGUUGAGAUCCAGUUGGAUGAGCUUGAGCAGUACGCACGAAGAGAUUGCCUCGAAAUAACUGGUAUUCCGAUCGUACCAAAUGAUAACCCACCCUUGCUCGUAAAAGAAAUGUCUGAGAUUAUGGGAGUGAACCUCAGCCCAAACGAUAUAUCGAUCGCUCACCGUUUGCCGCCAACGAAGAAAGUGAAAGAUCGACUAAUCGUAAAAUUCACUCGAAGAGAGAAAAGAGACGAAAUCUACAACAACAGGAAAAGAUUAAAAUCUAAGCGGACUAAAGACCUUCCGUCGGUGGUCUGCACGCCGGAAUAUGUGGCUGUAAGUCAUAAAGCACUAAUUCAAGUCAAUGAAAGCCUGACGCCGUACAGAAAGCGAAUACUGGGCAGAAUUUUACAAUUCAAGCGCGACCGUAACUACAAGUUUAUCUGGACGGCCAACGGUAAAAUAAUGCUGAAGAAAACGGAGAGCUCAAUUACGAAAUGUUUUGUGACACAUGAGGAAUUCGAAGAAUUCCUCGAUCAGCUUGAUUAACUAUAGCUCAAUUUAAUGACCUCUAUAAAUGUAUACUAUUAUGGAUCUAGACAUGGCUAAUCAUCAAGAAAACGUAA